AUGAGAAUCCUUAAUUUUUCCUUUUCUGUAUUCAUCUUCAUCUUCCUCGAUGAUCCAGUCAUCCAUGCCCUCGACAUAAACUGUCCAUAUUCUCGCUGUGGUAGCAAUCCUUACUCCAUACAAUUCCCUUUCAUAUUAAAAGGCCAACUGCCUCAAGUUUGCAGUCACUACAUAGACCUAACAUGCAUUUCUCAGACCAGCACUGUUCUGAGUAUUCCUUUUUCAGGAGACUUCUAUGUCAACUAUGUUGACUAUUCUGCACGAACAGUGACACUUCUUGAUCCUAAGAACUGCCUUCCAAAGCGGCUAAUGAAGUUGAACCUUUCUUCUUCUUCUUUUGCACCUGUGUAUGAUUACCAGAACUUUACAUUUUAUAACUGCCCUGGUGAUAGGCCAAUGUACAAUUUUAGAGUGAUUAAUUGCCUCAGCAUCGAUCCGAAUGUUACUGUUGUUAGCUCCCAGCUUUCGCCUGCAGAAAUGGAGAAAUUCUAUGGCUGCAGCAAAAUUAGUACUGAGGAAUUCCCUCUUCUUGAGAAUGAUACUUUUAGUGAACUCAAGUUGAGAUGGAAUGUUCCAAGUUGUGUAGAUUGUGAAGGAUUUGGACCUCGGGGAAAAGAUGGAUCCAAUGGAAAUACGUUCAAACACGUUGAAUUCGUCUUAUUGAUUCCUUUGGCCAUAGUGGUGGCGUUCCUGGUUGCAUCAUUCAAAAGAGUAGCAGCAGCAAGAUCCACCAGUAGGGAUGUGGCUCUGACACAACAAUCUACGACCGCCACCAACGCUGGUGAUGGUGUAGUUCAGCCACGAUUGGUUAGCGUUGAAGCUAUGAUGGUCCCUGAUGGUCAGCAAGCCUGCUUGAAAACCAUGAAUUUUUCGACGUUUGUUGAAUGUAAUGAUGGAAAUUUAGAGGGUCAUGAUCAAGGUAGUUGCUGCACUGUAUGCCUUGAAGAAUAUAGUCCACAAGAUGUAAUCAGGUGCAUACCUUCAUGCCACCAUUACUUCCAUUCAAAAUGCAUUGAGAGGUGGUUCCAAGAUAACAACACAUGUCCAGUUUGCAGGAACUCAAUCAUUGAUGUAUAG